AUGCCCGCCGCCCUCGCAUCGCCAAAAACAUUGCGCCUGCAGUACUUCAACAUCGAAGGUCCCGCCGAGAAGUCCAGGCUCGCCAUGCGCAUCGCGAAGAUUCCCUUCACGGAUGAUCGCGUCGAUUUUGCCAAGUGGCCGAGCGAGAUCAAACCGACGACACCGUACGGACAACUGCCCCUCAUGCACGUCGAUGAGAGCCACACGAUCGCGCAGAGCGAUGCGAUCCUGCGCUACGUCGGUGGAUUGUCGAAGACACUGUACCCGGCGGACGUGGAGACGCGGACGGCGAUCGACGAGGCGCUGAGCUUGGUCGACGAGAUGAAUCAGAGUUGGUACUACGCGCUCGUGGCGGGGAUGAAUCCGGCCAAGUUGGGGCACGACGUGGAGAAGGGAAGCGAAGAACAUGGCGCGGUGACGAAGAAGAUGCGUGAACGGUGGAUGGCGGAUGAGUUCCCGCGAUACGCCGGAUUUCUGACGAAACGCGUGGAGGGUGGGAAGAUGCUCGUGGGUGACGCCGUGACGAUCGCGGACUGCGCCGUUAUCCCGUUGUUGAGACGAUUCUGUAGCGGGGACGUCGAUCACGUCGACCCGACGUGCAUGAGUCAGUUUCCGGAAGUGAAAGCGUAUUACGACCGCUUCCACGCCAUACCGGAGGUCGCGGCGUGGUACGAGGAGCGCGCGCAGGCGCAGAAAGCAGCAUAA